AUGUCCUCUUCAGUCCCCUCCCUGCCUUCAACGACGGUCAGCGCCGUCCCAUCCGCCAGCGCGUCACCGCUUCCUACCGAUGUAGCUCCCCGCCCUUCUUCUGGCCCUCAGCCUCCGACUGGCCGGCCCUUCUUCUUCAACCCGACGCACAGCGACGAGGCGCAGGUUUGCUACUUCCUCGUUGAGGCGCCGAGCGAGAAGGAACCCUACUACCUGCCGCCACCUGAGCUGCGCAAGAUUGGCGAGAGCUAUUGCUCCGAUAUCGGUAUCUGGAACAAGGACCUCUUCGCCUGCCGCACCGAGACGGCAAACAGCACGGCCGUAUUCGAGACCCGUGCCAAGGGCAACCAGACCUCCAAGAACAAGACGAAGUGCAGACCGUAUGGCGAAUACGAGGAGAGCAUCCGGUCGGCCUUCUGGGCCGAGCCGCAGUGGCCCGAGCACUACGACAACAGCACGCACAGCAUCGCAAUUGCGUAUGGAACGUUCAACGGAACAUCAACGGGUGCUCGUUGCUGCAUGAUCGUGAACGGAGAUCCGGUCGAAUCUACUGGAAAGGACUUGCCUUACUCGGCGAACUCCCCCAACCCGUCGAACUUCUCCGACUACCGCAACCACGCACUCUCGCCUUGUUUGGUCAUCAAGGACAAGGGAGACAAGUACAAGGAGUGCAUCCUCUCCACCGACUACAAUGCCCUCCCCAUGGUGGAGAGCUUCCGCUAUUAUGAGGUCAAGUCUGACAGCGGGCAGGCUGCGACACACAAGACCGCGCUGAGCUUCACCCUUCUUGCCGUCGCGACGGCGCUCUUCGCCUCUGUAGCAUAA